GGACGAAGUUACCAAUAGCGACUACCUGUGUGAGACCUCGAAAUAUGUUAUCAGUGUAGUCUGAUAUAUCAUAUGUGAGACCUUGUAAAAACAAGUGCUCGUCAAUUGCGCAUGCUCAUUACUCGUUGAACAGCAAAAGCGUCAAAAUGGCGGAUUCAUUGAGAAGGCUGGUGAACAUUGGAACUUUUAAUGUUCUGCAGGAAAAGUUAGAAAGAUGGCAGGACAAUUACUAUUUGAACACAUGUGACCAGAAUGUUGCUAGAGGCUGUGAGAUUAUUGAGCUCAACUCUAAAGUUCAAGGACAGCUGUUUAAACUUCUCAAUGUGUGUGCACAGGAAGGUGGUAUGUAUGGCGGAGCUAGUGUCAUCAAGUCACGCCUACUGCCAUUCCUUGGCUCCACCUUCUUCACAUCUGGUACAACAAGUGAUGUGAGUCUGGGAGUAAUUGCUGAAGCCACAGCCAAGAACCGAGAGAUUGAUGACUUACAAGAUAUGUAUGAAGAUUCAUUGAGAGAUAUAGAAGGUGAUCUCAGAGCUAAAGAACUCGAAAACCAGGAUCUUAGGGAUGAAUUGGCCGAGACAAAGGACCAGGUUAACCGAAGUACAAGAGUAGCAAGCACAGAUAAACUCUUCCUCGAAAAUGAAAACCGAGAACUUCGUAGAAAACUAGCGACAGCAGAAGAUGAGCUACGUACAUUGAGAGCAAAGGCAGGAAUUUUAUCUGACUAUGAUAUUCAAGUACGUAGACUGAGAGAAGAUAUAGCUCUGCUGACAGGACGCAGAGAUGCUCUCAUGCGUAGCUCUACGACUUUACGAGAAGAGUUACCAUCUUAUAGACCAUCAACUCCAUCAAAGCUUAAAUCUGAAGAACCCCUUCUCUCCGGGCUUGCUGAUGCACAGGAUGAAUUAGUUAGACUUCGGGCAAGGUCAAACCUUGUUGACGACCUUGAACGUCAAAUUCGCCAGCUGAAGAAUGAACUGUAUAUAACAACUUCAAAACCAAGCUAUCUAACGAGUGACACACUAGAUUCAUUGUCCAAGUAUCGUUACACUCCACGCGUCAGCUCACCCCUGUCCUACGAUGAUCCAGUUCAGCGUGUAAGGGAGACAAAUCUGAUCUCACGCUGGAACGAUCUAUUCUCUCAGGAUCGCCUGGAUGCUAUGGACACUCUGCGCACAUACUCUGCUGACCAUGAGAACAACCAGAGGAUCAUUUUUGAAGCUGUAAAGGAGUCAUUCAAUGUAGCAAAGACAGCAUUCCGUCAGUUUAAGAUGAAGGUCCGUUCUAAUCUUGCCAUUACCCAUACUGGUCCAGAGACUCUUGAAGAGGCUGUACAAGAUUACAUCAACCGUAACGUUGACCUCUAUGAUGCCCCAGGAAUGGUCUCUACAUAUAAUGGACUGGGUACAGUUAGCCUAUGGGAUGUGAUCCGCAAGUUGAACGUGAACCCCAGCAUCUUCCUGCCACCAGAUACCACCUUCGCUAUUGUGCAGCCAUUUAUCCGUGAAUGUGUGAAGACAGCCUGGCAGAUGAGUGCCCUAGCUCACCCACUUGACAUUGCCGUAUCCUCCAGGGCCGAGCUUUAUGAUGAUACAAAGUAUCGCCGUAGUUAUGACUCCGAGUACACAGCUCCUCUGGUAAACCACCAUAUCUGGCCAAGUCUGCAACAAGGAGCCUCUGUUAGAAUGAAGGGAGAAUGUUGCACUAGGAGAGGAGCCUCAUUGUCAAGAAGAAGUCGUAGCCCAACCCGCUCUCGUUCAGUGAGCCCAGGCCCCCGUUCUCGUUCCCGUUCCCGAUCAUGUAGCCCAACACGUCGCAGCCGAUCCCCUAGUCCCCGUCGUACAGGGAUUCCGGCCUUCUAGAAUAUAAAGACAAAUGAUUUAGAACAGUACAGCAGCAAAUAAUGAACUUUUAGUGACAAUUUAUAUUUGUUGGAAACAAUGAAUCAGGAAAUAAACGUGUUGUGUAGCAAUUGA